AUGAUCAACAACAAGGAUAAGGACAAUAAGUCCCCAUUACUUAUAGCAGCAGAGCAGGGGAAUUCAGGGGUGAAUGGAGUCCUGCUAGACAAGGGUGCCAACGUCAACGCGCAGCGUGGACAGUACGGCAACGCACUCUACGCGGCGUCAGCUGGA